GCCAUGUGCGAUUCCUUCGUUAAGUGAAAGUAUGACAUGUCGUUCGGUUGCCUUCGCUUGAGCGCUUCUCUUUUCCGCACGGUUCAGCGCAAUUUCACGGUAAAUACCGCCAGUUUGUCCUUCUCCGGGAUCUCAGCAUCGUCAAGAGUGAGAUUGUAUUCCAAGUUUCGCUAUUCGCGCCGUGUUCUCGAGAUCAUGUCAGAGGAAAAGGGAUUGCAGGGCGCUAACCUCAAAAUCGGGACUCACGAUGGAAAGUUUCACUGCGACGAAGUCCUGGCGUGCUUCAUGCUUCGCCAGCUGGACAAGUAUAGGAAUGCAGAGAUCGUCCGGACGCGGAAGGAUGAGAUCUUGGACCAGUGCGACAUUGUGGUGGAUGUUGGAGGAGUGUUCAACAAGGAGAAACUCCGAUUUGACCAUCAUCAGAAGUCCUUUGGUGAUUCCCUGAGCAGUCUGAAGCCGGAAGUCGGAGACAAAUACACUAUCAGAUUGAGCUCCGCUGGAUUGAUUUACGUUUAUUUCGGUGAAGAUAUCAUAUCGACGAUUCUGUUCAGGGAAGCUGGAAUAACGCUGGACAAGAAAUCCCUUGCGAUGAUAUAUAAGAUGGUGUAUGAAAAAUUCAUCCAGGAAAUCGAUGCCAUCGACAACGGAGUUCCUAUGUAUCCGGGAGAGGAAAGAUAUUCGAUCAACACGAAUAUCAACUCCAGAAUUGGUGACUUAAAUGGUCGUUGGAUGGCUGUGAAAACGCCCUUCGACACCGAAGCGGCUUUCCGGAAGGCCAUGGACGUUGUGGGCAACGAGUUCAUCGAUAAAAUCAUCUACUAUUCGCAAUCUUGGCUACCGGCGAGAUCAAUUGUGGAAGAUGCACUGAAAAAUCGCUUUAAAACGCACGAAUCUGGUAGUAUUUUGAUCUUGGAGCAGUUUUGCCCAUGGAAAGAACACUUGGCAAUUCUGGAGACUGAACAAAAGAUCGAAGGAAGCAUUAAGUACGUUAUCUUCAACGAUAAGGAGGCGGAUGUUCGGUGCAUGGCCGUGCCAAUAACGCCAGAUAGUGUGAUUUGUCGAAAGUUCCUGCACAAGGACUGGAGAGGAUUGCGGGGCGAUGAACUGGAGAAAAUCUCUGGAAUCGAAAAGAUUAACUUUGUGCACCACAACGGCUUCAUUGGCGGUGCUUUUAACAGGGAAGCUGCCCUGAAGAUGGCUGAGAAGAGUCUCCUAGGCAAUUAUACAGAUUAGGAAACUAUAUUUUAUUAAAUUUCUGAUCAAGCAA